AGGGCACGAGUGCUCAGACAAGUUCAGAGUCUUGAGCGCGCCUGCCACACACUUCCCCCCUUAGGACUAUUGCUGGUUCUCAUUGCUGUCCCAAGUCUUUCUCCCCCUGAGUGGAUUAACACUUUUUUGACACUAUCAUGUCAGAGGGAAGAAGGGAAGAAGGAGAAGAAGGGAAGAAAGAGAGAAAUGGGAAGAAAAAAGGUAAAAAGGAGCGCAAGGAACAAAAGAGUGAUCUGACUCAAGGAGCUCCUACAAUUAAACCUUUGCGGAGCCCGGUAGUGGUGCCAGAAGGAGCUCGGAUAACAGUGAAGUGUGAGGCCUCGGGUAAACCUCCCCUGUCCUAUAAGUGGUACAAAGAUGGCACCAUUCUGAAAAAGAGCAAACAAGUCAGGAUCAGAGCCAAGAAGAAAAACUCCAAGGUCCAGAUUACUAGUGCUCGGCUGGAGGACUCUGGGAAUUACAUGUGUGUAGUGGAGAACGACAGUGGGAGUAGCAACAGCACAAGCACCGUUCAUGUCCAAAGCAUAACCACAGCGUUACCUCCGGGCUCAGGCCACGAAAGAAGAUGCAAUGAGACAGAGAAGGGAUACUGCGUGAACAACGGCGAGUGCUACUUCAUCCAUGGUAUAAAUCAGCUCUCCUGCAAGUGUCCAAAUGACUUUAAUGGCGAUCGCUGUCAAACCUACGUUAUGGCCAGUUUCUACCAGUCUCUUGGGAUUGAGUUUAUGGAGGCAGAGGAGCUCUAUCAGAAGAGAGUCCUGACAAUCACAGGCAUCUGCGUGGCUCUGUUGGUGGUGGGCAUUGUGUGUGUGGUGGCCUACUGCAAAACCAACCUCCCCCCUAGGAAACAGAGGAAGAAGAUGCACAAUCACCUGAGGCAGAACAUGUGUCUGGAUCACCCCAAUCGCAGCCUAGCCAACGGGCCCAACCACCCGGGCCCAGGCCCUGAGGAGAUCCCGAUGGUGGAUUAUAUCUCAAAGAAUGUCCCAGCCACUGAGAGAGUGAUGAGAAGCGGAGCGGAGACUUCGUUUGCUGGCAGCCAUCAUUCUUCCAGAUCCCACAAUUCCUCCACCCGAGCCCACUCCUCCACAAACAGACAUGACGAGAAAACAUGGAGCCUGGAGCGGACGGACAGCGUGCUGUCGGACUGUCCCUCAGGAGUGCUCUCGUCCUCUGUUGACACCAGUAAGUGCAGCAGUCCGGCGUGUAUGGAGGCACGAGCGCGUCGUGCCGCUCACUGCGGCUUCACCGAGUCCCGCCGGCCACCAGUGCGCUAUGGAGACUCCUUCGACUCGCUCGACUCACCACACAGUGACAGGUAUGUGUCAGCCCUGACUACACCAGCGCGCUUGUCUCCAGUGGACUUCCAUUACUCACUGCCUCCACAGGUGCCUACCUUCCAGAUCACGUCUCCCAACGCCAGCCACGCCAUGUCUCUGCCGCCAGCCGCCCGUGCCCCCUACUCACCUGAGGAGGACCAGCCGCUGCUUCGCUGCUACCAACUGCCUCUGCACGAGGCCCAGCGCCAUGAGCCCUACCAGCAGCGGAUACAACAGCAGCGGGCACGCUCCUACCUGCAGGACAGUGCAGGCAGCCUGCCCUCCAGUCCAUACCGGCUGGCCCAGCACGACGAUGAGUAUGAGAGUACGCAGGAGUACCCGCCCUCACUGGGGCAACCAAAGAGAAGCAGUGGACGCUGGCACAGGUCCAGACUGAAUGGGCACGUGGCACCGCAGGGCUACCGGCCAACCCGGGACUUGGGCUCACGCAGCUGCCUGUCGGACAGUGAGUCGGAGGAGGGCGAGGAGGGCGAGAGCACACCCUUCCUCAGCAUGCAGAACAUAAACACACCUGAGCCCUCAGCCAUCUACAGGCCCGCGCCGCCCACACACACACGGACUUCCCACACACAGAGCAGACACACGCAGCAGCAGCACACACGCUCCAAACCAGACAGAGCUGCCCACUAAAGACACAGUCCACCUACCCACCCGCAAAAUCUGUAUACCUAUAGACCUGCACCUAUAAAAAAUAUUUUUUAUUUUAUAUAACUAACAGAUAUUCUAAACAAAUGAAAUAUUUAUUUUCAUUUUAGCAAAAAAAAGUUGUCUACUAGUUAACAGCAAAGACUUUUUUUUAUAGGGAAAACUCUAUUUAUAUGUACAUUUUGAUUUACAGCAUAAAAGAGACGUGCCAAUUUUUUCACAACUUAAAGAAAUAGAAUAAUAUUGUGGUGCCUUUUGCUGUAUGCCGAUGCCAGAGGGCCAGUGGAGUUUUUGUAGCCUUUCUUAUAAGGACGCCUCAUUUUUUAUACGCACUCUUUCGUUGUCUCUUUUUUGGCCUUUUGUUUUCCUUAUCCUUGUGUUCUUUCGGGAGCAGACCCAACCAUUUGAGCAGUGACAUUUCCUCCCCCUUUCACAUCAUGCAAUAUAAACCACUCUUGCGGUGUAUGUUUACAAGAAUAUAAUUCACAUGUUAAAUGAUUAUGUUUCUUUCCUAACAGGAACUUAAUGACAAAUGCAACUGGGACAGGGGCUUAUUUAUUUUUUUCCAAUGAAACAGAAGAAAAGCGUGUGAUGUGCAUUCAGAUGUGUUGCACACCAGUGUUAAGUGUGUGAGCUGAAGGAGGGAGAUGUCGAAUUUUUCAGACUAGUUUCCAUUUAUCAGACUUCACACUAUUGAUUAAAGGGUCACAACUUGUUCCGAUCUGAGAGGCAGAAACCUGUCCCUUUGUAGCAGAUGCUGUGAAGGUUUCCAGCGAUGGCUUUGUCAGCACUCUAGUCCUCUCUUUCCAAACAGUCCUGUUCACUCUCUCUCAUUCUGUCCAUCCCGUCCUUCUAGCGUGGCUGAUAUAGAAACUUUUAACGAGUCCACUGGUGAAUUUUAGAAGUAAUGACUAAAACAGAACAUCGCACAUUACUUACAUUAUGGGAAAUGUGAAAAAUUGGAUAAUAUCAUUCACAAGGAUUUUUUUUUUAAGAACGAAAGAGAGAGCGGUGAACAGCCACGUAGUGUCUCAGGACAACCCCCCACAACCCCACUCCCACCCCAUCCCACACCUUCCUCCCUCCAUCACAGGACUGAAGUAAAAGGAAAACCCUCACAGGCUUAUUAUGAAUGUAUAAGCUCACUCUUCCAUCCCCAUUCAUGCUGGGAAUCUCAUUGUAACACACACACACACACACACACACACACACACACACACAAAAGACAAGACAAAUAGCUGUGAAACUUCCUUUUAUUGGGGCCAUAAAAAUAUGCCAAAAUAUGCAAGCUUUAUAUUUUACCAGUUGUUUUCUGAAAGAACCAUAGUGCAUUGUGUGAAAACUGUGAUGCUUGAUUUGAGUUUGGUGUACUUGAGUUGAGCUCCCCUUAAUUCUAAUCAAUCAGACCACCAAAUCAUGACACAUUACUCACCAUGACCAUCUCAGAGUCCAGACGGGACCAAAGCGGAUAGCUUUAUUUCUGCAUGAGUCUGUCAUUCGGGACAUUCAUUACGCUGAUCUUAUUGAAGGUCCUGAGCACUUACUCAUGUUAAAAAUUGGCCAGGAUGUCUGUGGAAAAUUAAUACAAAAAUAUCAAUGUCAAAUGUGAAGGAACAGAAGUAUCAGUGGUAUAGAUCAUUCAAGAAAUCCAGAAAAGGGAGAAAUGGAAUGAUUAAAAAGCUGUUAUAAGAAAAGCAAAUAUAUAUAAUAUAUAUCUAUAUAUUUAAAAACUAGAUCCUGAAAUGUUUCUCUUGCUCUGUUGUGGUGGCACAAAGAAUUAGAGACAAAAUAUAUCAUUUUUUCUAGCACUAUGAUGAUCAGAGUUUUUGUUUAUUCCCUGACCUGCUCCUGUUUGUAUGUUUGAGAAAUGCAAAAUCAGACAGUGCUUCUCUAGUUAGUUUUAAAUGUGAUAUACCUCUCCUCCUCCUUUUCAGCUUCCUCCUCAUCCUCCUUCUCCUCUUCCUCCAAAAAGCCCCAUUAGACUCUGACAGUUAUGUUCCUACAGUUUCUUCCUUUUGCGUUUUCCUCCUCGCUUGAGAAGUUUGAACACCUCUGCAUGUCCUUGUGGUCAAGGUUAAAUGGGUGCAUGGUAAAAAGCAGCAGAUGAUUUUAUUUCCCUCCAAGUCAGUGAAAGUGUAUUCCAUUUAAUAUCCAGCAAUAAAAAAAGAGAGAAUCUUC